UGAUGCGUAAAGAUGGCCGGCACAACCGAUACAAACGGAUAGGCUCGCAGCGUUCGGUCCACACAUACAUAUCGUGAGAUUAGCGUACGAAGGUGAGAGCACUGAGAGCGUUGAAAGGGAUUUGAAGUUGAGAUCGUCCUCUUGUUCUGUAUCGAUCGUAAUCGAUUUACUCGUAUCACUCAUUUCGCAAGAUAAUCGCAGAUUUCGCAGGCUCAUCAGCAUAAUCUUUAUCCGGCAUGAAACGUAAUCGCAGAUAAGAAACAUCAUCCGAUCGAGGUUUAUACUCGGCUGACGAUUGAUCGGCGAUGCCGAUAUAUCUGCCUCGCCGGAGAAACGACGCGAUGAGCAUGAUAAAAACAACGCAGCAGGAUGCGAUCAUUUUUUCUACAAUGAUGUCCAUCGUAAAGCGACCCUGUGGAUGUUGUAAAUACUACAGACACCAUAGAUAUCGAACGAGCGACUAAAGUUUUGUAACGGAUAUAUCAGGGCCUCUGCAACAGCUGUUUGCACAAUAUCAUGGCUUACGAUUCACGAAACGUGAAAUAUUCACCAAACACUCAUGCCCAUCAGCAUACUCGACCCAGCAUGACUGGAUAUACAUACUCUGGUCAUCAGCCACAACACUUUCAACAGACUGAUGAGAAUAGGAAUGAAAACAACUUGUGCGGUACCAAAGAGCUUUGUCCGCAAAUCUCACAGCAAUCAUCUGGCACACAAACUGUGCAGAAAGUUGAUGCUGCGACCAUGACAGAUCCUCUACAGAUUGAUUUUAGGCUUACUUCUGAAUACUUAGCACGUUGUUCUAGUACACUAGGUUUACCAUACGUAACUAAAUAUGAAGACAACAGUAAUAAUUCUACGCAUAGUUGUCAAGCAGUAAGACCAAAAAUUGAAUUUGAGAUUGAACCGCAACAUAUUAAUGGUAUGUUGAUUUAUCAUUGCCCCGAGUGCGCCUAUAGAUUUGAAGAUCGGGAGGCGCUUCACGAACAUCUGGAAGAUCAUAAACAGAGACCACAUAUCUGUGAUAUUUGUGGGGCGAGCUUAAAACGAAAGGAGCACUUGGAUCGUCACAAGCAAGGUCACAAUAAAGAUAGGCCUUAUCAAUGUAAUAUGUGUUGUAAAGCAUUUAAACGUAACGAACACUUGGCGCGUCAUAUGAUCACUCAUUCAGGUAGCAAGAAUCAAAUUUGUACAGAGUGUGGCAAAGCUUUCUAUCGAAAAGACCAUUUGAAGAAGCAUUUGCAAAGUCAUAAUAGCGGUCGAAGCAAGCAUUUAAAUAUAUCGCAAAACAAUCAGAACGAUCAACAACCGAGCGAUGAAGGACUAAGUAGUUUUGCAAUGAUGAUGAGACAGGCGGGACCUCCUCCAUUUUCAAUUUUGCGGACUUAGUUUUAUUAGCUAUAACGGCGUGUAACAUAUAUUCUCAUCUCCGUCUAUAAACCGAGGUCUAUUUCGAUGAUUUAAUUCUUAAUUAAGAUUUAAUACGAAUUUAAUGAGCUUUAUCUAACAUACUUAACUUUGCGGAAUAAUCGAAAAUAAUUGUUAAUAUAAGAAUCCAUGUUCCUAAGGGAGUGUAUCUUAUUACUAUGUACUUUGUCAAUAAGUAGGCAAGAUUACGAUAAUGUUAUCAAUUUUAUAAUAUCCUUUAUAAUACACUGUACGUGUACAAGGUUGAUUAAGAA